AUGAAAGCCGUAAUGAUCGCCACUUCCGGUGAUCCCCAAGUUCUCCAAGUGCAAGAAGUCGAAAACCCUAAAAUUGGAGAUGAUGAAGUUCUAAUUAGAGUGGACACCGCUACCAUUAAUCGAGCAGAUACGCUUCAGGGAAAGGGCUUGCACCCUCCCUCAAAGGCGGCAGUCCCUACCCCGGCCUCGAAUGUUCUGGAAUCAUCGAAGCUGUUGGAAGGGUCGUCGUUCGAUGGAAGGUUGGCGAUCAGUUUGUGGUAUACAGAUGUGUGCUCUUCUUUCUUGUGGUAUACAGUUUGUGGUGGAGGGUAUGCUGAAAAAGUGGCUGUUCCAGCUGGGCAAGUUCUUCUUGUCCCAUCUGGUGUUUCUCUAAAGGAUGCUGCCGGUAUUCCUGAGGUUGCAUAUCCUGUUUGGUUUUAA